AUGUUAAAUGUUCCUAGGAUUGUGAGGUGUGGAAAGUGCCAACAGCUUGGGCAUAAUAAAAUUACAUGCACAAAUGAUGAGGUACCUAAGCCCCUGUCCCAAAAAGGAAGAUUGGAAUAUCUAGGAAAGAUAGGGGAGACCAACCUAUCUUUUACCAAUUCCUUCCAAUUUGCUAUACCAAGAAGGGAUGGUGCUCCUCCUAUUUUAGAAUCUGGUGAUCAAGAUGGUGCUCCUCCUAUUUCUAAAUCUGGUGAUCAAGAUGAUGAUCCUGAUGUUACUCCUAUGAAAAGGACUAAGAUGAUGGCAAGGAGAGGAGGGAAAAUUAAGGUUUCUAGAUCAAGGAACAAAACAGCAAAGAAAACACCUAAUGGUAAGCAACCUAUUAGUCAAGCAAAGGAGGAUGUGUCCCUAAGCUGUGAUGAAGCUUUUGAUGAUAUUUUCACCCAUACACCUAAUGUGGCUACUAUGAAAGAGGUUUAUGGAGAAGUUGAGGAAAGAGAUGUUCAGAAAAAAGAUGUUCAAGAAAUAGAGAUUAAAGAAAGAGAGGUUGAGGAAAGAGAGAUUGAAGAAAGAGAGGCUGGGGAAGGAGAAGUUGAAGAAGGAGAGGCUGAGGAAGGAGAAGUUGAAGAAAGAGAGGAUGAGGAAGAAGAAGUUGAAGAGAGGGAGAGAGGUUGGAUCAAGAGUGGUACCCUUGGAUCCUGCUUCUUACAAUAUCCAUUGGUAGAGAAAGAGGACUCCCUCUAA